UCUCGCUCUCUUCCUGGAUCACAGAAAGAAUAAACUAUAGUAUCCUUAAUAUAACUCCCCUUUAUAAUACAACCAAAAAAGAAAAAAAAGGAAAGACGAAAAAACCCCAUACGCUAGACGUCCGGCCGCCGCCCUCCGUUUGGCCAUUCUCUCUUCCCACUUCUAUUCUGCUGCCUCUGCGUGUCUCCAUCGCUCGAUAUCUCGUUCGCUCUCUAUCUGUAUACACUGUUUGUUGCCGUUGCUCCCCAAUCCCCGCGCUCUCGUUUCGAUGGUGUUGGGAUCUUUGUCACUCGUUUGAAAUCUCCAUUCGCUUUCUAUCCCUUUCGCCAUCAUGCGUCCGCUUGGCUGGCUUCGGGGUCUUUUUCUCACCGUCCUCCUGGCGGGCCAGGGGGCGAUUGGAAUUGACUUGAAUGUAAACGACCCAGAAUCUCUAAAGAGCGCCGCCGCCCUGUCCGCCUCCAUUAUGAUGGAUUAUUAUAACGCUAGAGAAUCGAGAGACAUUCCUGGCAAACUUGACGGAACCUGGUGGGAAGGUGGCGCGAUUUUCAUGACCUUGAUUCAAUAUUGGUACUUCACCGGCGACACCACGUAUAAUGCCGCCGUCAGCGAGGGCAUGUACUGGCAGAAGGGCAAGGAUAACGACUACUUUCCUUCCAACUACAGUAACUACCUCGGUAAUGAUGAUCAGAUGUUUUGGGGCUUAGCCGCCAUGACAGCUGCAGAACUGAAUUACACAGAGAACGCGGGCGAACCUUCAUGGUUGGCGCUUGCGCAGGGUGUGUUCAACACCCAGGUCCCCCGCUGGGACCCAGAUAACUGCCAUGGUGGCAUGCGUUGGCAGAUCUGGCCUUAUCAGGCUGGUUACGACAUUAAAAAUGCUGUUUCCAAUGGCGGAUUGUUCCAGCUGGCUGCUCGUCUCGCCGUCUAUACGGGCAACCAGACGUACGCUGACUGGGCCGAAAAAAUUUGGGAUUGGAGUAUGUCUACUCCUUUGAUCAAGAACCAGACUUGGACCGUUGCCGACACGGUCAGCACCGAGAACCAGUGCGCAGACUCUGGGGAUAUUCAGUGGACGUAUAAUUACGGCAUCUAUCUCUUCGGUGCCGCCUACAUGUAUAAAUUUACAAACCAAACUGUCCCUAAGUGGAAAAUAGGUAUGGAGGGUUUGAUGAAUGCGACGUGGCGAGAGUUCUACCCACAACAGUAUGGCGGCAAUAUCGUGACGGACUUCAGCUGUGAAAUCCCGAAGAACUGUGAUGGCAACCAAGUCCUUUUCAAGGGUUUCCUCUCUGCCUGGCUCGCUUUCUUAACCACUCUACAACCAGAGACGAAAGACAUAAUUAUGCCGAAAUUGCAAGGCUCAGCGGUCGGCGCCGCCAAGCAAUGCUCGGGCGGCAACGAUGGCAAGCAUUGCGGCUCGCGCUGGUACCAGGAUACCUGGGAUGGUACCUCUGGGAUUGGACAGCAGAUGGCCGCUCUGGCAGUCUUUGCUUCGAACCUCGUCACUGAGAAGACCCAAGCACCACUGACGUCCAACACGGGUGGCACGAGCCAAAGCGACCCAAGUGCUGGUACCGGCACGGACCAGUCAUCUCCUGCCCAGCUAAGUAAGAUCAGUACGGGAGAUCGUGCCGGCGCUGGAAUCUUGACCGGCGUCUUCCUGACUGGAUGGAUUGGGGCAUUGACCUGGAUGAUCCGCGGUGGCUGAAUGAGGCCUGGCGGGAAGAGGAGGAAAGAUCAAAGCGAAAAGAAAUCCGAACAUGGCUCUUCACCUCAAGAGUGGAUGUCCCAGUUAAGAUGAAGGCUUUCUGCACGGGAUAGUGAAUUCCGCAAGUGUAACAUAUACCGCUUAUCUGUCUAUUUCUUUCUAGGGCUGCUUUAUUUUCCCUCUUGCUAUCUACCGUUGAUCUUAUAUUCGAUAUUUAUUUUUUUUCUUUCUUUCACUUUUUAUUGUUUACUUUGUGAACUUGUUUACACCACGAGUCAGGGGUUUGAGGCGUCUGGGAAGGACACAGGCAAGCCUGGUCCUCCAUCGGUGCCUAUUUUACUAUCAGCUUCGGUUGAGCCAGCCGUUAAUUGGCGACUUGUUGUUUCUCUUUGAUUUUUUCUCUCUGGGAAAUGGGUAUUGGGUAUUAAUGAUAGUUUUGGGUCUCAUUUUGGAUGGGCAACAUUCCAAAAACAAUAGGAACUGAAAUAAUUGAAUAGGAGUGUGAUCGUACAGCUAUGCAGGGUGACGGGGAUUUAUCUAGGUGGUACCUGUAAUUAUUGUAUGCGUGGACAUGCAGCCAGUUAGAGAUCUGAACUCGAU